AUGUUCGCAUUCUUUCGUGUUUUAUCAAAUUUCCCCAGCAGAAAUUGCUUGGAGUUGUUCUACCUUUUCCUAACAUGCCCGAUUCUGUGGCACUUAUUUAAUUCUAUGAGAUCCGGAAGACAGAAGCGGUUCAAAAAACUUAACGAUAAUGUUCCUUUAACGGAUUUACAGCUUGAUUGUAAUCAUGAUGAUUCUAAUUACCGCGCGUCAAAUAGACCGUUUGAAUUACCUACCGUUCCGACUUUACGACCAUCGGACACUGAAUUUUCCGAUUUCUAUUCGUUUUUGCAAAAGAAUCAACAAGUAUUUUCAGAAUGCCCGGCUGCCAAGGUAGUUCCUGCCGCUGGCUGGAAUCUACCCAUUGCUCUAGAUCUUGAAACUUUUAAAUUCAAAGGUCAGAAACAAAAAUUGCAUACGGAUUCUUUUCGCUACGAUCAAAAUUAUGAUUAUUUUAAUAAGCUGAAAGAAUUUCACGAAGAACGAGGUUUAUACUUCAAUAAACCUCCAAUGCUCCAAAACCAACCAUUAGAUUUCCUCCAAUUAAGAAAUACCGUUUCUCACUUCACCAGUUUGGAAUCAACCUUGAGCAAUUCUUUGCUGUCAAAAAUUACAGAGACCUUGAAUCUGCCAGAUUCCAAGGAUGUCAGACAAAUUCUUGCUCGAACUUACGAACGUUAUAUCAAACCGUAUGAACGAACACAAUCACAUACUUCUUCUGCCAACCCUAGCUUGGUUUCUCGAUCCACAAGAAUUUCUCGUAGUUCCGUUGCUCAUACCUCUACUGAUGCACCCCCAAUGUCCGAACAUGAUACUUCUCGAUCAAAUGGAUCGCAGACAGUUGGUAAACGCACUUUUCUUGAGCGCGGCGAACAAUGCGAAUUUUGUGCUUCGGAUUCAAAUCCAGAAACUAUUUUGCUUUGUGAUGGUUGUGAAUGUGCCUAUCAUAUAUCCUGUCUCGACCCUCCAUUGAAUGCUGUCCCCAAAGAGGAUUGGUACUGUGAUACAUGCAAGCACGGCAUUCAUUCGUAUGAUCCAAGAAAAGGGCAGCAUUGGACUGUGGCUACCUUCAGAGACCAUUCCAACAAAUAUAUGGAAGCACUAUUGAGUAAAAAAGCCAUGCCCGUCGAUCCCACCGAAAACGAUUUGGAAAACUUGUACUGGUCGAUGAUGGAUGAAUACUCUUUGCUUUCAGAGCAACAUCAAGUUGAAAGAUUUACUACUUCGUCCAUCAGCUCCUUACCAUCUAAAGAGUUACAACCUUCAAAUCAAUCUUCCUUUGACGGUUGGAACCUUCGUAAUAUUCCUCAUCAUAAAUCCUCUCCUUUUAAUUUUACAAUUUCCGAUAUGCAUUCUUUAGCCAAUCCGCAAAUGUCUAUAGGCAUGGCAUACUCUACUUACGAAUGGCAACAGUCCCCUAUCGGUACUUCCCAAGUGUAUCACAAUAGAUAUGGCAGCACCGUCACAUGGUAUAUUUUGCCUCCAGAUCAAACAGAGAAAUUUGAAAAGUUUGUUCAUGAUCUGGAUAAUAGCUACGAAGAUAGUUUUUUUCUUGACCCCUCUUUCCAGUUACCUUUUCCUAUGUCACCAGCACUUCUUUUGUCUAAUGGAAUUCAAGUCAUGGCUGUAGAUUUACGGCCCAACGAAUUUUUAGUUGUGUCUCCCAAGAGUUACCAUUUUGGAUUUCACCUUGGAUUUGGAUGCUUAGAAACAGCUCAUUUUGCCACGAUCGAAUGGAUUAAAGAUGAUAUAUUGAAAAGUAGUUUGGGUCGCAUGAAAGAUUUACAUAUCUAUUCCCCUAUUUCGUAUGAUGCUAUUAUAAUUUCCAUGGCUUUGUCGCGGUUACCCGAAUUUACAAAUGACUGGUUUAUUGAGAAGCUUCAAGGCGUCAUAAGCUUUGAAGUACAGCAAAGAGAGCUGUUAUCAAAAUCACAACCAAAGGUUACAAUAAGACAGUUGCAAGACCAUCCUAUUCCGCAGGUCGUUUGUUCAAAAUGUCAAUCUAUGACAUUUACGUCGUACGUUAAAACACACGUUUCGAGUGAGAUUUAUUGCCUUGAACAUUAUAUGAGAGAUUCCGAGAUCUCUUCUCAACCUUCAACUGUUUACUAUCGAUGGGGAACAUCCGAGUUGUCAAGACUUUUAGAUCGGUUUUCUGCGUUUGUCAGAGCGCCUGUUGAGUGGUCCGAAAAAUUAAAAACCAUUUUAUUAGCAACUCCCAAACCUCAUAUAAAAUCUCUCGAAGCCCUGUUAGCUGAUGCCGAAUACGCAAUGCUAAAUACUAAGGAUACUUCAGCCUUGCGGAGUUUCAUCCGUAAAGCUAAUGCCUGGAUUAAUUCGAUCAAUCAUUAUUUAAGCAUCUCUCCGAUAAAGAAAAGGAAAGAAAAAAAGCUAUCAUUUAUGAAGAUUCAUGAUCAACGAGUAAAUUCUACUGGUAUGCGUGACUUAGAAAAUCUGUUUCAAGUAUUACAAAAAUCAAAGGAUAUGGCUUUUACUUGUGAAGAAAUUGAAGCUAUGAAAAAAAAGGUAUCAGAUUUACUUCAAUUCAGGGUUCGAUUAACCGAAGUUUUUUCUGGUUCAUUAGACAGAAGGAUGUGCCAGAACUUAUUGAAUGAGGCAGAAUCUUUAGGAUUUAUGUUCCCUGAAUUAACGAUCAUUCAGAAAUAUUUGACACAAUAUGAUUGGCUUGACAUGUUCUACGCUAUUGAAACUGAAAAGACAUCAGACGCUGAUUUAGAAAAACUCAUAUCCUUUGGUUUAGCUGCCGGUGUUCCUGAGGACAAUGAUCAUAUGAUUUUUGUUAGAGCUAUGAAAGGGAGAGCGGAAAUUUGGGAAAACCAGGUUCGUGAUGUACUAUCUAAAAGUAAUGUAUCUUACGAUCGUUUGAGUCUUCUCAAAGAUGAAGCUUUGACGCUCUGUGUUGAUAAAGUUUUGUACACCAGGGUUGUUGAAAUUUUGCAAAAUGCCGAAGAGGUAAAAAGCAAAAUUAGCACAUUAUGCGAACGCUCUCAAGAUAAAGCUUUUAAGUUGAGACCUGCAAUGGACGAGGUGAAAGACGCUUUGGCUCAAGCUGAAAAACUUCCGAUGUUAUCUGAUAGCAUUGUAGCUUUACAGAAAAUGUAUGAUUCGGUUCUCGAAUGGAUUCGUAGAGGUAAAAGACUUUUCGGAAAAGCUAAUGCUCCUUUGGAAAUUUUGGGACAGCAUUUGGAGUACGUUGAGAAGAGAAACGCCGCUUCUUUGUCUUUACUAGAUAGACCGGGCCCUCCGAUGGAGCCUUCUUCUCGCGAAGCGAGUCCUGAUUCUGAAGGAAAACUUGUAUACAAAGUGAAAAGACCACGUAUUUUUUGUUUUUGUCGUUUACCUGAAAACGGGGUUAUGAUAGAAUGCGAAAUAUGUCAUGAAUGGUAUCAUGCAAAGUGUUUGAAAAUGUCUAAAAAAAAGCUUCGGCAAGAUGAGAAAUUUACAUGCCCUGUUUGCGAUUAUAGAGUUGAAAUACCUCGCUUAUCGAAUAGACCACGUCUUGAGGAUUUGCAGUCCUUGCUUAGGGAUGUUGUACUUUUGCCUUUUAAACCAAAAGAAACUGAUAUUUUGGAAAAUGUUGUUGACCUAGGAACACGGUUUCGACAAGAACUCCAAGCAUUUGCCCAUAAUCCAUUUAGCCUAACGAUGGCUGAAGUAUUGUUAGCGAGGUUCUAUCUUCGGAAAAUGGAAGGAGCAGAAAUUUUACUAGCUGAUGAAACCAACUUGUUUAGACAAAAGUUGCACGAGUGUGUUCCUAUCGCUCCAACUCCGCCGCCCGUAAUUGGGGAAUCGAAGUCCACCCGUAAGCCGAGACCUACAAAGCGUCAGCGUCAGAUAAUGAAGCAAGUCGCCGAAGGUGUACUUCCGGAAUCGGCAAUCGCACCUUCUAGCGCUCAAAAUGAUAAGAAAGCGCCUAUGAACAAUAACGGAACAGCAAUGAAUAAAACAGACAGUCCCCAGAGUGACACAAAAAUAAGCCAUGAAAAUGGACAGUCAAGUACGGCGUUGUUGAAACAAUUUAGGUUAACUCCAACAGCUGAAUUGAAUGGUACAUCAAACUUAUGUGCUUAUUGUCAAAAACCAGCGAACGAUGGAAGCUUUACUAUGUGUUCAAGGUGCAAUAAAGAUUAUCAUUAUGGAUGUAUGGGAGAAAUGCCAAAUAACUCUGGAUACAAGACUUUCACAUGUCAGGAUUGUAAACACAAUUCAGAAGAAACUCCGAUGUUUCACAGUAAAUUGCGAAAUGGGAUUCAUGCUAAAGAUACAGAUGUUAUGGAAAAGGAUGAUAACAUUGGUAGGUCAAGCUUACCAAAUUCGCCAUCGGCAACAGUCUCUAAAUAUUCACGUGUAAUGAAAACCCCGGGAGGCAUGCAGGACAUGCUAAUAUCUCGAAAAUUAUCCUGCGGUGAACAUGUUUUUUUUGGUACAGACGUUUUUACAUCUUUAGGAGAUAUGGUUACGGAAACUCCAGAUGUUACUCUUGAUGAAUUUGUUGAAAAAAAUGAUGGCUUAACGGAAAGUUAUUUAAAUAUGUAA